AUGGAGCUGCCAGAAGAUUUGGACGGAUUCCACGCGAUCUUGAAGCGCCGAAUCCGUAACCAAAGCGACAUUGAAAGCUGUCGCCAGGAUUCCUCUGCUGAGAAUAAGGUGGCAGCUCAGCGAGCUAUAGCUGCACGUGAAAUCCGCCACGUUGUCGGUCAGUCGGGCUGCUUCUGUUUUGAUUGUCUACUGCAUCGGAAGCAGGAGUGGCGAAUCGGAGAUGUCAACACUGCAAUUGUGGGACCCAGAGAUCAGUGGCAGCAAUACACUUGGGGAAAUGCAGAAAGGCUUUGUCUUUACUCAGAGGAGUCUGUGACCACUACUAAGCCAACGCUAACGCCAUCCAUUCAAGAGAAAAUCCGGGUCCACGACUCCAAGAAUCGGAUUUUGACUAUCGGACGCGAUGCCAAGUUUGUUGCCGUGGCUUCAGGAAAAUACCAUACACUUAUGCUGAGCGAGUCUGCGGCAGUGUUUUCGUGUGGGGAUGACACGUACGGUGCCCUUGGAAUGUGUAACCUUACCAAUGAAAGCAGAUCUGCGCCAGCCAAAGUGGGAAUUCCAUUAACUAACGUUAGAGGAUCUGUGAAAAUUAUCGCUGCGAGCGGGUUUGCUUCAUUUGCCCUAGUUGAGUUGCCAACCACUGAUUCAUUACAGCAACUAACUUCAAAGGAAAGUCGGCAGAACCUGGGGCGACUCACGGCGAUCGAGAGAAUGGCACGAAGUCGAGCGCCCACCCAAGCUAAUAUGGACUAUGCUGUGAAUGCUCCAACUGUCAACAAUCUUUUUUCGUGGGGUCGGGGUGACUACGGAGUGUUAGGUCAUGGUGAUACUAGAUCGUGCUCUGUUCCUCGUGUUUUAAAAAUGUUCAACUCACUCCGAGUGACCGGCGUGAGUGCUGGCCUACACCACGCCCUGGUUCUUACAGAGCUGGAUGGUGUAUACGCAUUUGGAGACGGCAGCAACGGAAAGCUGGGCAUGGGAGAUACGAAUCCUCGUUUAUCUCCCACUAGAAUUACGAGUCUCGAUGGUCUAAACGUUGUUCACGUUUCAGCUGGCGAUGAACAUUCUAUAGUCAUGACUGGCGAAACCUUCUUCAAUCGGCAGGUUUACUCUUGGGGACUUGGGAAAAACGGAUUGAGCUGCCCGGUCUAUCGUUGGUCAGUGCCUGUGCUGGGAGAGGACGUACAUUUGUUUGGGGUGAUCGAGCAAUCGAGCGUGAGAAAUCUCGACCAUUUGGUGGAAGCGCAGCCGAGAGUAUCUGCCGCUCGUUGCCAGAGUAUGAGUGUUUGA